CGCCAUCUGUAUCUCAUGAUUCUCAUCGUAUUAUUGUAUCCACUUUCCAUCAUACGUGCUCCCUUGUACAUGAAAUCAAACAGUAUACAGAUCCGAAAAAUAGCCCUAAUCCGCCGUGUUCACAUCAACCUAACACAAGAACGUCUAAAAUAGGAUUGAGAGGAGCUCAGUCAUUCAUCAACAUCAUUAAUUGUCAUCGCAGCUUCACCAAAUUGGAUCGACUCAAUCCAUUUCCUAUUUUGAGUUGGUACUCCCCUCUCUCCCUCCUGGAAAAAGAACUCACCCUAUCGUACUACCGUGCGCCGGGAAUUGAGACAAACAGCCUUUGGAUUGUCUUGGCUUUGACCAGUAUCUUACCCUUCAUAAUUUGAAAAGGCGAGAAAGGCGAAAAUAUCCGAAAGUCCAACUCUAUUAUACCUAGAUGCAUAGCGAGCGAAGUACAGUAUUUAAGAUUUACACUACCGAACACUCAUCAGGACGGACCUACAUACGACUCGAAUACUUUACUUAACCCCUAACGCUGUAAUCUCCGUCCACUCGAGGAAAGAGUUUAAUCUACUUUUAUCUACUUCUAUCUACUUGAUAUACUUUAUUCAUACUUUGUUCCCAAAACGAAGAAGGCUCUAUGGUCCUUGCCUUGGGGAGUUUAAUCAUCCAUCCUCUUUAAGUCCUCGUCCCCUGUUUCCGAAUUCUCCACCUCGUUCUUUUCACCCUACAGAAGUAUAAUAAGUCCCACCCUUUACCCUCAGUGAGCCAAUACACCCAUCCAUCCAUACACCCAUCCAUACACCCACCCAUACCAUCAUCCAUUCUGUUUAACCCAUAAGGAUACGGAUACCUGGGUACUUGAAAUCCGCCUAUCAGCUUCGUUUCUUGGUUGGCUCCAUCCGCUCUCAUCGUCCGUCCAUCAUCACCAUUCCCACUCCCCGAAUGAAAUCCUAGUUUCCCAGCCCUACUGUUUGUCAUUCGUAUUCUUAAGGCUUAUGAGCUUAUGAGAGAGGGAAGGACGAGAAAGAGAGAGGACCGACCGAAUUGAUUAGCAUUCGAUGUACGACGAUAGAAUUUAACGCUUAUAUUGGAAUUUCUCGAUUCAAUUUAGGUUUUUUUUGUUAGUACAUAUUCAGCCCUUCCGCUAAAGAUUGGCCGAAACAUACCUCUCCGUACUUCUUCGUCCUUUCAUAACCACAGACGUUCGCCCCGUCAUCCCAUUUUAUGAAGGGUUCGCAAAACAACGUCAACUUCGCGAACUCUUUGAGCGUACUCCAAGAGGCAUUUGGUCCUAUUGAAGAAAAUACAUACCAUUGGAACCGGAUGUUGUGACCCGGAACCUCUUUUUUUGUAACUAAUAUACUCUUCGAAAAAAAAAUAUCCAUGUUGCGAUUUCCCUCCUUCUCCACUCUCAACCUUUCCCUCCCAAGCAAAACGGCACGUCCGACUUAGCGACUUCUAGACGAAGACGAGGUCAGCUCAUGUUGUUAGGAGGACUACAAUAUACAUCCACUUAAUUUUCAUAGCCUGUGGCUUAACUCACACAAUGGAUAUUCCUAUGCGUGGCCAAAAGCCGAGCUUCAGCACACCCUUACCAGAAAUCCACGUACAAGACUCUCACCACCCCGAUCGAUAUCCCGACAGAUACUCAGAUCAACACAAAUACCAUUCUUCCAACUCUUCAAGGGCCGCGGCUGGACCAAUGUCUAUACCCAACGCGAGAGAGUCUCCCCCUCCUCCUUUACCACCACCUAAAUACAUUCCAGAUACAGAUAAUGGGGGAGAUCUUGGGUGGCAGUGGGCAAAUCAAAAUCGGGAACUCGAUUGGGGAAGAAACGUUUCAUCGGUUCCUGCUGGCUCGAGUCUGUACGGUGGGAGCUAUAGUCGCAAUAGCAUAUCAGAUGAGCGACCAGACAUUGGACGUCGAGGAAGCUCUAACGCCACCGUCACUGUCCAUCCGUCGAAAGAUGCGAGCAACCAUGCAAUUGCACUGCCAAAAGAUGAAGGCUAUUCAAGUCUUUCUGCUUCCAACGCAAGCAUUGGGUCGACACAAUCAAGAAUUUCAAUAGGCUUUCAAAGUUCUGUCCACGAUACAUAUCAAACUAAUGCUCAAGCAUACGACAAAUCAUUAUUACAAAAGCUGGGUAGCAGAGGAGAUAAUUUCACAUCAUCAAGACCAUUCGCGAAGUCUCCGUUCAGCUCAUCUGUAAACGAUGCAUCACCGACCUCUAGAAUAGCGCGGGAACAUGGUCAUCCUACACUCAAGCCACUCUCUCUGCCAAUCCAUACACACAAACCGGCGCUUGCAGAGAGUCCCAUAAAUCGAUGGGCAGAUUCGCCUUUAUCUUCUGGUAUCUCACCAGGCAAUCCAUAUCCCAGACUUAGCAAUUUGAACACAUUUGAGUUCAGGUCACCGACCGAUAUAAUAGACAAUGAAAGGUCACCACACCCUUACAACAUGAGGUCGGGGAGCAUAGCCGACGAUGCAUCAAGUAUCGCCAGCCAGUCUAGGGAUAGCUUCCAGAUGCCUUCUCCAGAAUACGAAGAAGGCUUCCAUAUGGAAGAAACGGGACUGAGACGACUACAGAUAGGAGAAGAGUAUCAUGGUCGGAGUGAAGGAUACUCUCCCUGCUCUACAGCCGGGCAAAAACGACGUGCAUCUUCUCCUCCCAGGGACGACAGUCUACAUCUACUACGCACGGUAGGCAGUGCAAGUGAUCUUGCACGACGUCGCGAAUCUGGCUCACGCUCAACACCAAGUCCGCGCUUUCAUUCGAGCUCUACGUCUAUAUCAUCUACCACUUCUUUACCUAGGAACUCAUUCUCAUCCACAUUAUCAGUGACUGCUAGUAGCGCGACCAGCAUGGGCUCGUAUAGUAGGCUGUCUCAUGGAGGCCUCUCACCUGGACCCAUGGAUAUCAACACCGACAUGUCAUAUAACGGUUCAAUGUCGCUAAAUCCCAGCCCAAGAGGUUCAAUUUCGGCUAGAACAACCCAUCAUCGAGCUUUAUCUGAAAGUCGACCUCUAACUAAUGCGCGAAAAAUGCCAGAGGCAUUAGGACACGUGAAACACAAUAGUGCUCCUAGUAGACAAGGCGGUUUCAUUUGUGAAUGCUGUCCCAAAAAACCGAAGAAAUUUGACACCCAGGAAGAUCUCAACACGCAUGAACAAGAAAAGCAGUAUGAAUGCCUAUACUGUCGAAAUCGUUUCAAGAAUAAAAAUGAGGCUGAAAGGCAUCAGAAUUCUUUGCACCUCCGUCGUUACUCUUGGUCAUGUGCUGCUCUCCUAGAUUGGGCGCAUGCUUUCCAUCCUUCUCCUUCACGGCCCAACGAUGCGGAUACUUGUGGAUACUGUGGCGAAGAUUUUCCAAGGACUGGAAUUGCGAAUCACGAGGGGUCUUCGAUGCCUGUGGCGACUGGUGAGGAUUGGGACCUCAGGGGUGCUCAUUUGCAAGACAUGCACAAGUUUGGAGAAUGUAACCAUGCCAAGAAAUUUUUCCGCGCGGAUCAUUUCCGUCAACAUCUCAAACAUAGUCAUGCUGGUACAAGUGGAAAAUGGACGAAUAUGCUUGAGAACGCUUGCAUGAUAGACGAGCCACCUCCAGAGCCACUCAGGGGGCCCGAAAGAGUCAGUCCUGGUGGAGUGAGAGUAGGCAGGAUCACCGAAGAAGACGAAGUGCUAUAAAAUACAACGGCUUUCAAAUCAAUGGCUAGUGGAAGUCAGUUUGACAUGCCAAAUAAAUACAAUUCAUUGAGGGUCUUUCAUAAAAACAGUUCAUAUUCAGAUUUGGACUUUCUGACAAUGGAAAUUCCGAACGACCAAAACAAUCAUCAUGAAUUGGGGAGGUAACUUGGGGCCAUCCAUCUAUACUAAGGAGUUAUUUUGGUGCAUUGCUUACAGUGUGUUACAUAUCUUUUUCUUGCAUGAUAGGGACGCUCAUACAUCUGGAUCUGUUUGGCGUUUUGGUUGUUUAAACUUUUUCUUUCCAAUUUGAGAGUUAGUGUCAACCCUCUAUAAUCAGCGAGUAUUCAAGAAACAGACUUGUCAGACUUGAUUCCCGUUAUCUUCGGGUUGAUGACUCGGGCGCAAACGGGACACGAAGAGCAAGUGAAAUAGGUUUUCACUUGGGCUCUGUCAUCCAUGUCAGUUCAGUACGCGGAGAAGCCUUUCAUGUUGGGUCUGCUAUCUAUGAGGGAGAGAUGACUGCCAAGGCGCGAGAGAGGCAAGAAAAGGGAAAGACGAUGGGCAUCUAAUAGGCAAGAAUUUGGCCGGGUUGUACUUACGUAUGAAAUAGGGCAAAUACAAAAGCAAGUAUGUAACUAUUGGCAUAAGAAAAUAAAAGUUUACACCUUUGAAUAC